AUGGUUAAUCGACUUUCGGAAUUGAUAAAACUUGGAUUUGAAUUACACUAUACUGUUAUUGUAGACACAUUGUUAAUUGAAAAAAGAUUGGUUGAAGUUGGAAAUAUAUUGAUAAAGGCAUUUUUGCAGAUAAAGAAUGAAUCGAUGGACGAAUUUUUGCAUAAAUGUUUAAUUGAAAUAUUGCGAAUAUUUCGAUUGGAUAAAAGAUUGAAAAAAACUGAUGUUGUUUUGAAUUUUUUGUAUUCAGUUAUCGAAAAAGAUCAUGAGAAAGUAUUUUUAAAAGCGAUGGAAUUUGAAAAUAGGUUGGAUGAUAAUAACGAUAGCCCAUUUAUGUCUUUAAAUUUCUCGGCCUUUUAUUAUAGCUGGAUAUUAAAUAAGUUUGGAGCAGAUACUGAAAUUACGAAAUGGUGUUUUAAUGAUAUUUUAGAAAAAAUAAUUAAGGUUGAUAGUUUCAUUAAACAAAAUCAACAUUAUGUUUUAAGUGAACAAUUCGAAAAUAAUUUCAAAGAAUUAUAUGAUGCUUUUAAGAAUUAUACCAAUACUAAAAACUUCUUUAAGCCUUCUCACUUAAAGAUUAUCAAGCAAGCUACUCACAUCGAUAUAAUCGAUGGAUUAAAACAAUAUUUAACUAAAUUAUUUAUACAACAAUCUCAAGACUCCGUCGAAUGUGUGAAUAAAAUGGAUAUUGACAAUAUUUCAACAUCUAAGCAUAAACGAAAGCGGAAUGAUCAAGAGUUGAAUAACUGGUAUAACGAGUUAAGGAAAUUACGUGAUGACUUAGACAUUUCGGAUGAAUUCAGAGAAUUUUUAGAGAACAUUUGGGAAAUAAUUAACGAUUCGGACUUUGUAUUAAAUUGUGAUGUGGACGAAAUCGAUUUUCAAAGAGAAUCUAAAAGACACAAGAAAAGCGAAAAAAAGGAAUAA